AUGACACGAUUUGCUGCCCGUUUCCUUCGGGUCAUUUCUUGCAUUUCCUUGGUCCUUGCCAUUGCCGAUGCCCAGAAUGCCGACUUUGAUCCCUCGGUGAACCAUUACAGCUGGUCUUUCAGCAUAGCCAACGAUAGUGCUAAUGGUUUUUCAGUCGAAUAUCACAACUGGUACAAGGUGGUGACCAACCAUCAAUUGAACGAACGAUAUGCUUUGGUGUGCUGUGAUCAGCCUUUGGACAACUUUACCAACCAGUACAAUGCUGCUAUCAAUACCCCAGUAACCAAUGUCGGCAUUGAGAAUGUGCGUGAUAUCCUUCCAUACAUGGAGUUGUUGGGCCUUGCCGAUUCCGUCAAAGCUAUUCAAGGAUAUCAAAACGUGACCUCGCCAUGCUAUGGCAACGUGACCGAUACACCUGGCUCGAAUACAGUGGAUCUUAUGUUCAGUGAACAUAGCAACACCAACCUUCAGGGCAACCCUCCUUAUGUUGGCUUUACACCCGAUAAUGAUAACUUGUCCCCUUUGCAGAAAGCAUCAUGGCUGGUCUACAUUGCAAUGUUUUUCGACAUGGAAGGUGUAGCCACUACCAUCUUUGGCAACAUUGACAACAUUUACAAUUGUCACAAGGCGAAUCUUGAAGACAUGGCGGAUAAAAAGAACAUUGCUUGGACCUCUUACGACCCAACCAACAAUUCAUGGACGAUCGUCAAUGAUAAUUUUCAUGCGGCGCUGGUCAAGGAUUCCGGAGCCUUGUUGAUUUCACCCAAUUCAGCACAAAGCAACGUUUACACCCAAUUGAAUGAAUUCCAUACCGCUAUUCGACUUGCAGACUAUGUCAUUGAUAUCACGCCUCUUGAAAACCUUGGUAACCAAUCAUACGACAGCUGGUUGAAUCUUGGUGGAUUUGUUUCAGGAACGGAUAUCUACAAUGAACCCUUCAUUGCUGAUAAGGGUCUCUAUCGUACGGAUGGGCUAGUGAAUACCAAUGGCAUUUCAGAUUGGUCGCAGCGAUCUCCCGCCCGCCCGGAUUUAGCUUUGAGAGAUGUGAUACACAUGUUUGCGCCCACCUACGAGCCUGACUAUCAACUUACAUGGUUACGCAACUUUGCAAAAGGAGAUUACACCCGACAGAUUGCAGAUAGUGGCUAUCAAUGCAAUGCCACGGAGAUUGUUAAAAAGGCUACUUGCGAUGCACACAAAUAUGGUUCGGAUUCAGAAGCAGGCGAUGAAGUACCAAGUGGUGGCCAUACCCUUAGCACUGGUGGCAAGGCUGGUAUCUCCGUUGGUGUCAUUGUAUUUGCCAUUGGCGCAGCAGCUGUAGCUUUCUUUUUAUAUCGAAGACAUCGCCAAGUCAAGGCCAGCCGACCUUUUUACCGCAUGAAUGAUGUCAGCUAG